AUGGAUCACCCAGGGCAUAACCAGCCUCCACCUAUGAUGAUGGUUGGUGGUGGAGGUCAAUUACCAUAUGGUGCUAACCCGUACCAGUCUAAUCAGAUGCCUGGUAACCCGACUCCAGGAUCAGUUGGAUCCAUGCAGUCUGUCAGUCAGGCUGCUGGAGCCCAGCUUGCGCAGCACCAACUCGCGUAUCAGCACAUUCAACAGCAGCAGCAACAGCAGCUCCAGCAGCAGCUCCAAACAUUUUGGGCGAAUCAGUACCAAGAAAUCGAGAAGGUAAACGAUUUCAAGAAUCACAGCCUUCCCUUGGCGAGGAUCAAGAAGAUUAUGAAGGCUGAUGAGGAUGUAAGAAUGAUAUCUGCUGAGGCACCGGUCAUAUUUGCCAGGGCAUGUGAGAUGUUCAUCUUGGAAUUGACACUGCGAUCUUGGAAUCACACUGAAGAGAACAAAAGGAGGACAUUACAGAAGAACGACAUUGCAGCAGCGAUUACCAGAACUGACAUCUUUGAUUUCUUGGUUGAUAUUGUGCCAAGAGAGGAUCUUAAAGACGAAGUGGUUGCAUCGAUCCCAAGAGGCACUUUGCCUGUUGGAGGGCCUGCUGAUACUCUCCCUUACUGUUAUAUGCCACCUCAGCAUGCUCCUCAGGUGGGGGCUUCUGGGAUGAUGAUGGGCAAGCCUAUGAUGGACCCGCCUAUGUAUGUGCAGCAGGCUCCCAACCCCUACAUGGCUCAGCAAAUGUGGCAGCAGCCUUCUGAUCAACAGCAGUCAUCCUCGGAUCGUUAGUGGCAAAGCAUGGGAGUUGAGAAGUGUAAGUUUGUUGUACUUUUAUCUGCCACUGAUUUGUGACUGAAAUCUGGAAAAGGAAGUGGCUAUUUCAUCAUGUCAUUGCAGGGGAAUAUGUAACCUUUUGGCUUGAAAACUAGUGUUGUUCUACUUUUACGGAUUUACGUUGUGAAGCAUUUGGAUAGUUAUGAUCUAGGUAGCAAAAGUUGGUUUGACUGGUUGUACUGACAUGAUAUACGUUGCUUUAAU